AUGAACCCUAAAACCCCACAGGCUCUGCCGGAGUACCACCGAAUGCUGCGCACAGUGGCCAAGCAGUACUGCCACAUGCGCACCGUGCUGCGACAGCUGGGAGUCAUUGCAGCCCCCCUCAAGACCGCAUCCCGGGAGUGGUUCUGCUAUGCCGAGUUCCGAUGGGCUGUCUCUGAGGGUCCUAUAACGAGUACGUUUGGCGGUGGGAGCAACGUGAUGGAGGUCACUGCCAAGCGCAACUUCAAGGCCGGCGAGCAGAGACCGCUUCCGGUGAGCUUCCACUCCCUGCUGCUCCCCCCUCCCUGCUGCUCCCCCCUCCCUGCUGCUCCCCCCUCCCUGCUGCUCCCCCCUCCCUGCUGCUCCCCCCUCCCUGCUGCUCCCCCCUCCCUGCUGCUCCCCCAUCCCUGCUGCUCCCCCCUCCCUGCUGCUCCCCCCUCCCUGCUGCUCCCCCCUCCCUGCUGCUCCCCCCUCCCUGCUGCUCCCCCCUCCCUGCUGCUCCCCCCUCCCUGCUGCUCCCCCCUCCCUGCUGCUCCCCCCUCCCUGCUGCUCCCCCCUCCCUGCUGCUCCCCCCUCCCUGCUGCUCCCCCCUCUCUGCUGCCCCGCACUCCCUGCUGCCCCGCACUCCCUGCUGCCCUCACUCCGCCACGUCCCCCAUUCACUGCCAAUGAUUGCCUCUCCUUAUCUGCCUGCCCCUCCUUACCUGCCUGUCACUCAUGUUUCUGCCCCUCUCUGUCUGUCUUUGCCCCUCCCUGUUCUGCCCCGUCUGUCUCUACCCCUCUCCUUUCUGCCCCUCCCUGUCUGUCUCUUCCCCUCAUCUGCCCGCCAACAGCAUACCACUGGAGCUGUCACCCUCCGACCCACUCUACAAUAAGAAGGUACGCCAAGUGGCAGGAAGUCAGUAUGUACCUGGCACUCCUCAAGUGGCUGGAGCUACCGCCCUCCACCCAUCUGGACCUCUUCUGGACUGGCAAGCCAUCUCCGGAGCUGGCCACAUGGCUUAGAGUGGCGACCACCACUGAUGAGGCGCAGAUCACAGAGGAUCUGCGAGGAGCCAUUGCUGCACGCGCCAAGGAGACAGCUGAACUACUGGAGGCACAUGGGAAGGAUAAAGCAACAACGAACGGCCAUGCUGAACCAACCAGCAAACCAGCCAGCAGUGCAGAUGUAACUCUGACCAAGGCUCAAGCCGACCUGCUCAGCAGUAUCUGCCAACGCAAGCUUCAGGAGCUUCAAGCAGGAGCCACAGCAGCAUCACCUGCACCUGCUGGUUUAGGCUUGGGUGGAGGCUUGGACACUCGUUCGGCAGGAGCCAAGGCGUGUGAGAAGGAACUGCAGCUGGCUCGACAGCUAAGGGAGGCGGAGGAAGGGGCUUUGAGCAAGGCACUGGAGAUGUGUGGUCUAGUGAGCGCUUAA